AUGGACAAAGGCCUGGACGAGAUCAUUUCUGACAAGCGCAGCAAUGAUCUUCGAAACAACCGCCGCGGCGGAGAUAGGCGUCGUGAUCGCCGCGAAGGCCCUCGUGAUGGCGUCAGAAAGUCGUAUCACGAUGAGCCACGAAGCAUAGAUAGCGAAUGGGUUCAUGAUCGAUUUGAAGACGACGAUCGCCGCCGUGCACCCGCCCCCCGACGACGUCGCGAAGAACCUCAAGCCGAAGCCAAAGGAACCAAGAUUAAGGUCGAUAACCUGCACUGGGAUCUCACCGAAGAGGACAUUGGCGAGCUUUUCCGCCGUAUUGGACGUGUGGUUCGCCUGCAACUGAAAUUUGACCGCGCGGGCCGCUCCGAGGGAAUUGCUUAUGUCACCUACGAGCACAAGGAAGACGCCAACGAAGCUAUCAAGCAAUUCGAUGGUGCUAAUGCUAACGGUCAACCAAUUCGUUUGACCCUUCUUCCGAACCGAAAUCCCUUCGAUACCGCUGUUAUGCCCGGCCGUCCUCUCUCCGAACGCGUCUCCGCUCCCCGUGGGCGUUACACUGAAGACGAUGCAGUCCGCAGAGGCAUUGACAGAUACAUUCCCGGCGGUGAUCGAGAGAGUGGACACGAGGGCGGCCGCGAUCGCUCCAGAAGUCCCCGCGGCCCCCGCCGUCGUGGUGGCCGUCGCCCUGGCGCGCGUCGUGAGGGCGGCGAGAAUGGCAGAGACAGCAGGGAGGGUGGCCGUGGCGGUCGGGGUAAUCCGCGCAUCAAGAAGACCCAAGACGAACUGGACGCCGAGAUGGACAAUUACUUUACCAAACAAGACGGCGACGCUCCCGCCGAGUCGGCCCCCAACGCAGAGGGUGGUGCCUCCGCUGCCGGUCCUGGCGAUAUUGACAUGAUUGAGUAA